CAGUUUAAAUCGAACUGGCUGAGCGUGUACACCUUUUGGAUAAAACAUUUAUUGUAUAUAAAUAUAUUGCUUUUGCAAAACUAAUAAAAAUUAAAAGUUAAAAAAAGUGAAUACUAUUAAAAUUAAUAAAAUGAAACAAUUCAUUGCGCUUAUCUUAUUUGCUGCUUGCCUACUGCCUAGCGGACAUGCUAUCAAGUGCUAUCAAUGUAAAUCUUUAACCGAUGCCAAUUGCGCUAAGGAUGUCAUUGAUGCGACCUCGAAUAUCCACUCGGUGGAUUGUGAUUUGGUGCCAAAACCAAAUUCAAUGGAGCAAAUAAUGCCCGUUACCAAGUGCAAUAAGGUGGUGACAAGCGACAAGGCUGGCAUAAUAGUUUCACGUGACUGUCACUUUGAGGUUGUGGGUCAGAAAGCAGAUGUUUGCACCGUAACACACAGCCGGGAGGUACAAAGCUGUCACAUAUGCAAGGGUGAUUUGUGUAAUGCAUCUUCAGCUGGACGCUUCAUGGCAAUUGGCAUGGCUGUGCUCCUUAGCAUUGUCACUAUGCAAUUUGUAUUAUAAAUUUAAUUCCAUUUAAUAUUAGUAGAGAAAAAAAUAUUUUGUCAUAUAUUAUUGUACAUGUACAUACACAUAUACAUACAUUUCUAUCAUUUUUAAAUGUAGUUUGUGAAGCUUUUAAAUACUGAUUCGAUAUGGUAUCAAAAUUAAAUUGAAAUAUGUUACUUGUAAAUAAUUCCCUCCGUUUCCAAAUAUAAAUUAAACUGAAAUCUUAACA